AUGAGCGGAGCGCGUACCAGCCUCCGCGAACGCACGAACAACCAAGUCACAACUCGAAAUAAGAAAAUUCAGGCUUCAGGCUCCAACGCUACGCUCGCCCCUGAGGGAUGGAUCAACUAUAGAAAGGCGUACGUGUGUACGCACGCCGGUAAGUACAGUCUGCGUGGCCAAGGGAAGAGGAAGCGACAGCAAUCCCGCGCGUUAGUGUGUGCAACCCAGAUCAACGCCUGUGGUCAAGUGGUCGACGGCAGAGAGCCUACGUUUACACUGCGGAUAACUAGCUCAAGAUUGGAGCACAAUCACCCGCUCAACAAACGGUUUUUCAACCAGUACCCCCAUAACCGAACUGCAUUAGAACCAGAAGUGGUUACGACGGUGAAUGCGCUCCGAAAAGCAGGUGCAAAAGAGGAGAACAUACUCGUCUACAUUCACGACAACUCAACCUGCAAUCCUACCCUCCAAGACGUGCAUAACCUGGUCGGAAAACUCAAGAAACAAGAACACACGGCUAACACAAGCGCAAAAAGACUGAAGCAAUGGAUGGUCGAGUUUUCGGAACAAACCGGUAAUGUUGAGCGCAUAUUUGUGGAUACGGUACAAGAGAAGCAUACGCGUGAACUAUUCAACUUGUAUCCGGUGGUGCUUAUGAUAGAUGCCACUCACGGCACCAAUUUGUCCAAGUAUAAGGUGUUCUCUAUCAUGACGCACGACGCGUUUGACAAUGAGCAGUUUGUUCAGCAUGCAAUCAUGAGAAAUGAGCGUACAUCGACGCUUUUGACGGCUUUGGAGGAGUUUGAGAGAGACAAUCCGUCGUAG